UCAAAAACCUGCUAGUUUGUGACUUCAAAUGGCUGAUAGGGAACGUAUUCGUGGGCGUGACAUACGCUUCAUGUUGUUGCAAGAGAUUUUGCGCUUUCACGUCAUACAAGUUGCAGUUUUACUUGCUUUUUAUGCUAAGGCUAGAUCAAAUAAAAGAAAGCGUGGUCAAAGAGUCUUAAAAUACGAAUUGAUAAGUAAGAUUCCCGACCAAGAAAAAUAUUUAAAUCGAUUGGUUGGUAUAAAUGACGCUGAUUGUAUUUCGAAUCUCCGUAUGGACCGUAGAACUUUUGCUAGGCUUUGUGUGAUAUUACGUGAACAAGGGGGGUUGGUUGAUGGUCGGUUUGUAACUGUUGAAGAACAAGUAGCUAUGUUCCUAUCGGUUCUUGCCCAUCAUAAGAAAAAUAGAGUAGUAAAAUUUGAUUUUUGGAGAUCCGGCCAAACGAUCUCGCAUUAUGUACAUGCGGUGCUAGGGGCGAUUAUACGGAUUCACCACUUAUUCCUAGCCACACCCGAGGCUGUUCCCGAUGGUUGCACUGACCCACGAUGGCGGUGGUUUAAGGGAUGUUUAGGCGCCUUAGACGGCACGUAUGUAAGUGUGAUGGUUGGCAAUGAGGACAAACCUCGUUAUAGAACAAGGAAAGGGCAAAUAUCAACAAAUGUUUUAGGCGUAUGUGAUAGACAAUCGAAUUUCAGUUAUGUCCUAACCGGUUGGGAAGGAUCGGCUGCGGACUCUCGCGUGUUACGAGAUGCCAUCAAUCGGCCUCACGGCCUUAAGGUCCCAAAGGGAAAAUACUAUUUGUGUGACAACGGUUACGCGAAUAGUGAUGGUUUUCUAACGCCUUUCAAAGGUGUUAGAUACCAUUUAAAAGAGUGGGGUCCGAACGCUGCCCGACCUCAAAAUAAAGAGGAGCUCUUCAAUUUGAGACAUAGUAAGGCAAGAAACGCUAUAGAGCGAGCCUUUGGUAUCUUAAAGAUGAGGUGGGGUAUUCUACGAUCUCCGUCCUAUUAUCCAAUCCGGGUUCAAAAUAGAAUUAUUAUGGCAGCAUUUCUACUCAAUAACUUUGUUCGGAUGGAGAUGCCGAUUGACCCCAUAGAACAACAAUUCGACGAUAUGGCACAAGAGAACGGUGUAGUUAUAGAUGCACCGCACGACGAAUUCAUAGACACCGUCGAAUGUUCUCCACAAUGGAACGCAGCGAGGAAUAUCUUAGCCGAGACCAUGUGGCAACAGUAUAUGAAUUCGAAUUAGGAUGGACACCGCUUCCGAUGCAUCAACACCAUGCCCUCCAUGUAGUUGUGGCAAUGGAAUCAUGAAGUUAAAGUGUGCAGGCUAUGGAUCACAGAACCCUGGCAGAUACUACUACAAAUGUCCAUUGGGUGAGGAUCAUUGGAAGGGAUUUUAUUGGUAUGACGAAUAUCAUCGUUUAUCCAAUCGGAUUGUCUCUCCAACUGCCGGAUCUUCAGCAACCCGAGGUCGUGCUUCACCUAGUAUGGUCGUUACUGCCAGCGAUUUAGAUUUUCAGGGAAACAACAUGAACACACCCCGUGGGUACCUGGAGUUCCAUAGUGCUGUUAUUUGUCGCACUAUAAUGAUUUUGAUUAUUGGUAUUAUAAUUGGAAAAUUUAUGUGAGGGUAUUUGUGGUGAUCUGUCGGGCAGCGUCUAUUGCUUUUGAAAAUGACACUUGUUUUAUGUACUCCUCUGUUGAAGUUCCUUUCUAUUGGCUACAGCUUGAGACAUUUUUUGUAAUGACCUUGGAUUAUGGUGUUGUAGUUCUGAUUACUGUGCAAUGUGAAGUACUUUGUUGUUUCAUUUUGCUCUUACGUGAGUGAUGUAUUGAAUUUCGAAU